UCCUUCAGAUUCAAAUAUUUUCUUUUUGUGUUCUCCACAGUCCACUGUACGUGCUUUCUUAUUCACCUUUCCUCAACUAUAACAUGAAUGGUUACAGAGAAGAAAACUCGUUAAUCUGCUAUUUUCAUCCCAAACAAGUGGAAAUAGGGGUCUGCCCCUUGUGCCUGAAUGAGAGGCUCCUAAUCUUGGCCUCAAAACAAGACCACCUUUCCUCUGCAGCUCGAAGCAGCAGUACCCGUAGAUCAGCACAAAGCUCCUCCAAACACAGAAUGCCACACAUCACUCUUCCAAAGAUCUUUGCUCUCGGAGGCUCUCUUCUCAGUCGACUCGAGUUCCGGCAUUGGAAAUCCGAGCACUCAGAUCACGAUGCCUCCACUAGUCAAGAAGCUUUUGAAGACUCAUUUAUAUCUAUCAAGUUUGGAGACAAUGGUGCGGCCUCGUGGGAGAAGAAUCCAGUACUUUCUUCUAAGGUCCCUCUAGAGAACUGCAACAUAUCUCGGAAUCACCCGGCCUUGUUCACCAAAGAAGCCAAGGAGACGGCAACCACCAAGUCUGUAGUAGAACAUGGGAAACCGCGUGCCUCACUCAGGUGGCGGAAGAGGAUUGGUCACCUGUUCCAGCUCAUCAGAUGGAAAAGGUCCAACAAGAGCAAUGUGUGCCACGUGAGCAGCAAGGUGGAGGGAGUGAAGGUGAUCAGGAAGAGUUGGAUAAGGACUCUGACAAAGAGAAAGACCACCAUGGAAUAAAGUAGGUUAAAGGUUUUGUACGAAGUGAAAACAGUCGAUUUCUUUUCACUCUCUCAUACCAAUUGGAUUGAUGUACUGGGUUGAUGCUCAAAUGUGACUGUAAAGUUAUCUAUAUAUAUAUAUAUAUAUUGUGGAGAUGGUAAAGUCAAAAUAACUUUAUCACUCAAAAAUGUGCUUUUCUUUGCUUUGAAAUCUUGUGGGGGUCCUUUUACU